AUGAGGACUCGUCUCCUUGUUACGGGUCUUCAGCGCCCUUUGCUCGAGGCGCUCCGUCAGGAUUAUGCGGUCCCGUCUAGGUGCCUCGUGAAAUGCUUCGCUACAGCUUCUGGCCGCAAACGACGCGAAAAACCCCUCUUGGAUGCCAAAUGGAAGUCUAGUCACCCAAAGCGAACUGAUAUUAUAAACAAUAGCCUGACUGAAGACAUCGUCCAACGGCUAUCGCAUGUUCUCGGUGACGAAAGACCGUCCGCUAUACUCGAUCUAUGUCCAGGGAUAGGCUUGCUGUCUGCAAAGCUGAAUGAAACACUGAAACCAGACCUCCACGUUCUAAUCGAGCCUCGCAAGAGACGCUACGGAAAAUUCCUUGAAAAAUUGUCUACCAAGAAAGGCGUUGAAUUGUACAACGAGAGCGUGAAUUCUUCUAGGUCAAUCUAUACAAUUAUUUGGGAUGAAUUAUUCGCCAAAUAUAUACUAAACUCUGACGCAGUCAAAGGCUCCAAGGAUGUCCUCGUAAUAAUAAACCUUACUGACGAGAACUUUCGCCUGGCUUCCAAGGUAUGGUCAUUCCUUCAAAAAGGCCUUGUUCUAGGAUCCAAGCCACUCCGUGACUGGAAAUUCCGAUUCCUAGGCGUUAUGGCCAGCAAUGAAGCCGAAGCUGUCAUUCCACGAAGCAUCGUCGAGAGGAAAAAGGUGGCGUUGUUGGACGAGGUUACGACCAAUAAGUCCAUGUACAUCGCCGAAACCGACAACCAGGAAAAUCUUUCGAUACGAGGAUAUGAAAUAUUCGCCAAGAGUGCUGCUGGGGCUGCCCAACGGACAGCAGAGAACAAUAUCCCAAUCCCUAAAGGCCGCGAACGACCUCAAGUCGAGCCAAUAACAGAAUUACCUGCGGAGAUUGUGUCUCCCGGGUCCCCCUUAUCAGAUCCUCUCUACCCAUCGGCUUCCUUGCGCAAGCACAUCAAUGAUGUUAUGGAGGCAGAAGAGGCACGAUCUGAACCCCUCGAAUACAAAGACACCAAGAAACUGCCUAAAACUCUCGGACGCAGCCGGAUAGAUCUAAGAUUCGUCGUGAGAAACCUUAACGAGCUGCAAGAAAUAGCUAAAGGAACCAUCAACAUGGAUCAACUCCAGUCAGAACUCGAAAAGGCGCGGACGGACUCGAAUUCCGACCCUGAAGCCCUCAGUGCCCUAGAUUCUCGCAUUCGCAACAUGAGGACAGAGCUAGCUGAGCGGAUUGAGGGUUCCACGCAUUUUGUAACUAAGCGAGCUAUUAGUCAUAUUGAUCAAUAUCGAGCAUCCACAGGCUCAACAAACGACAUCAAAAACUCGAUGCUAGCGUGGGACCACCGACCCUUCGAGCCUCUCCUCAUCCAGCCGGACGAUAUCUGGCCCCAUGAAAAACCAUGCGCUGUCUUGUACAUGGAACCCAAAACGAAUGACCAAAUCGCAGAGUCGUUGUCUCUCGAUAUCGCUCAUCAGAGACUCGACGAAGCCGUUGAGAUUUCUAAUUCCGUGCUGAACUCAUUUGGUGUCCGAGGGAGAGAACCGGUACAAGACAUGCUCACCAAGCUAUAUCCUGGAAAGUCGAUCGUCGAAGUGAUAAAAGCUGUUCCCAGCCUGUUCCCAUAUAUCCCCAAGCAGCUUGCUUCUAAUACCACAGAUCCAGCAAAUACAACAACCGAAACAUCGUCAUCAAAGUCGUCGUAUUAUGAUUCAUUUGAAUAUUUGCCGCAAAAAUUGAAUUUCAGAUGCCUUCCAAAUCAUGUCAUGCUCGACUUGUUGAAAUAUUAUCUGCGGACACUGCCGACAGCAUCCAAGUCGUUUCUACAAGUAAAUCGGAGUUUGGGUGGAUCGGCUACGAAAUAUUCCCUGCGUACUUGGAUACUUGAGGAUAAGAGAUGA